AUGUCUGCUCAAGACCUCGAAGCGAACGGUGCCGGAAUUACCACGAUAAUGAACAUUGGAAACGAGCCCGACUUUGCAACUCCCUAUCUAUAUAACUACAUCAACAAACAAGCAAAAAGCGUUGAGAAAUCCCGCAAUCUUGGACACCAGUACUUCAGAGAUGCCACAUACGGGGUUCCCGGAAACAGCGACGCAGGGGCAAUGAACACCUGGCUCGUGUGGCAGAUCCUGGGAAUCUACCCCGUAGUCACACAACCCAUCUAUUUGAUCGCUUCACCUUGGUUCCCGGAUCUGAACAUGACAAUCAACGGGAACCAAAGGCUGCGAAUCACGGCCACGGGACUGGAUCAAGGGUACUACGUGCAGAGUGUCAAGAUCAACGGAGAGACCUGGUCGAAGAAUUGGUUUGAACAUGAUGAUUUGAUGGCGCAGGGUGGAACGAUUGAGUUUGAACUGGGCCCGGAGAUGAAGCAUUGGGAUACGGACAGCGUUCCGCCGUCACCCGGACAUGUUGUGUUGUAG